AUGUCCAACUUGUGCACACUCAACAAUUCUUGUUCACCUUUCGAUGAUCGUAAAUGUCAUGAACUGAUUCUGAAAUUAGAUAUAGAAGAUUUUCAAAAAUCAUACCAUGCUUUAAUGUUAAAGCUGCAACAAGUAGAAUUGCCAUCCGAUGAUCGACCUGUGACGUCACCGACCACUCAUCAACACAAGAACAUGCAAUUCUCUCAUUUCGAAAGCAAUUAUAUCAAUAAUGAAAAAUCAUUGUGCAAUACUUCUCAUAGCCAUUCCAACGCUGCAGUAGAGAGACAUUUUGAGAAAAUUAUUCCACUUGAGAAUCGUUCAGAAUAUAAAACCCAAAAAAGAAACUCAAGUCUUGCCAAUUCGGUACCUAAAAUCAGAUUCCAGAAUUUCGUUACCAAGCGAGCGAUCAAACAAAAGAAAAAGAUUCCCAAGAGACAACAAUUAAUGUCUUUUGAUUUCCCAAUCAUAACCUUCCAUAAAGAAGAGAUGCUAGGUUGUGUCAAUGCUUCACCACGUCAUGUUCGAAAUGAAGGAUCUUGCGUUCCUCUAUCCUCGCAAAACUUUUCCUUAAAUUCAACCUCUCGUUAA